AUGGAUGAUGCAGGAGUGCAUAGAUGUUUUGAAGCAAUUGUUUUUAAAAGAGGGAAUCGUUCUUCUUGCAUCCAGGUCUUUAUUGGACAGAGCAUAGCAAGUCAAGCUACCAUAGACGAGCAACAACAAAAGUUGCUUCAUAAAGAGCGGGUAUUUUGGAGAUCUGUGUUGGAAAGGAUACUGGACAUUACCUUAUUUCUUUCAGCAAGAAAUCUUGCAUUCCGUGGUUCAGACACGGCAAUUGGUUCAAAGAGCAAUGGAAAUUUUCUUGGGGUGUUUGAAUUACUGGCUAAGUACGAUGCCGUCCUCAAGGAGCUUCUGUUAAGAAUUCAGGACAAAAAAACAAACGCUCACUAUUUGAGCAAUGACACACAGAACGAGUUGAUUAGAUGUUUAGCGCAAGAGAUUGAAUCAGAAAACCUUUCUAUGGUAAAAAAAGCAAAAUACUACUCGGUUAUUUUAGAUUGCACGCCAGACGUUUUGCACAAAAAACAAAUGAGCAUAAUUUUAAGAUCAGUGACAUGUACUUCUAGAGUAGGUAUUAACAUUUCCGAAAAUUUCUUUGGAUAUCUCACAGCAAAUGAUACCACUGGAAAAGGGCUUUUGGAUGCCUUUUUAAAUCAGGCAAAAAAAUGGGAUCUAAAUAUUCUUGAUUGUCGAGGCCAAUCUUAUGAUAAUGGUGCUAACAUGAAAGGAAAACUUAAAGGUGUUCAAGCCAGGCUUCUAGAAAUGAACCCAAAGGGCAUAUAUGUUCCAUGUGCAAAUCAUUCACUGAAUUUUGUUAAUGUUGAUGGUGCACUAUUGUAUACCCUCUUUUCAUCGUCUCCUCCUCGAUGGGAAAUUUUAAAAUCGUAUGUGGAAAUUUCUGUCAAACCACAAUCAGAUACAAGAUGGGAAAGUAAAAUAAGCUGUGUUAAACCACUUCGCUAUUAUCUGAAAGAAGUUUUAGAGGCACUCUACAGAUUGGAAAAACAUGCCUUUGAAAAGAAAGAUGGGGCAACAGCCACAGAAGUACCAUCUCUGAUUGAAUAUAUUAGGACAUGGCCUUUCUUAUUAUCAAUCAUUAUUUGGUAUGACGUUUUAUUUCAAAUCAACAAAUCAAGUAAGCUUCUUCAGUCUUCUACAACCUCUCUUGACAUAUUGGCUAGUGAAAUAAAAGCAACAAAUACAUUUCUUUAUGAGUAUCGUGAGACUGGAUUUACUGACGCACAUAUUAAAGCUUGA